AUGACCAGAACCACUUUGGCAUUACCAUUUGGCUCCCUAAUUCUUGUAACCGGGGCUAAUGGAUAUAUUGCUAGCCAAGUCAUCAAUGAACUUCUGCGUUCUGGCUAUCGUGUCCGAGGAACUGUCCGUGAUGAAAAGCCGUGGCUAGACCAGUUCUUUGCGGAAAUCUAUGGACGCAAUAAAUUCACCACAUGCAUCCUGUCCGGUUUUGAUGAUGUUGGGCUGAUUAAGCACGCUUUGGAUGGAGUGGAUGGCGUCCUACACCUGGCGGGGGACAUCCCUAUCACGGAUUGCCCACAAAACGUUAUUCCGCUCUCCAUUUGCUCGACAGUCAACGUCCUGAAAGCCGCAAGCCUACAGCGCUCCGUCAGAAGGGUCAUUCUAGGCUCUUCUUCGAUGGCCGUCUACACAAGCAUGCCUAACCAAGAGGGCAUACAGAUCACUGAACAUACAUGGAAUGACGAGGCUGUUAGAGAGGCUUGGGCUUGUGACCAGUCUGCCCCUUCCAACGACGCGUUACAAUGGAAGAGACGGCUGGCGAUCUAUGCUGCGUGUAAAACUGAGGCAGAAAGAGCGGCGUGGAAUUGGGUCAAAAAGCAUCGACCUCUCUUUGAACUAAAUGUCGUGGUGGCGUCGUACACGGUUGGGAAAAUCCUGCACCAAGAGAUCAGUGGCUCAACGAUGAGAUGGGUAAAAGAUCUUUUAGAGGGUAAAGGAGAAGUCAUUUCAUUGGUUCCUCCAAGUACGUCGAGCACUGACGACUCACCCGUGAAGCAUUAUAUCCACUAA